UCCUGAAAUGUUAAGGUAGAGAAAUAGAAAGGGUGGCUGAGUUUCUGAGAAGAGAAGAAACUAGCAAUUGUGGAUAAGAGGAUUUUGUAGCGAUUGGAUUUGGGAAGACAGCUGACUGUCCAGGUAAACACACACAUAAUGCAUCCAGGUACACUUGGCUGGAUUAACAUACCCCGGGUCAGUGCUGCUAAACCUUCCUCUCAGUUUUGCUCUUGUGUGCAAGGGCUUCUUCAAAUCACUGCCUCAGUACCAGCAAUUAAUGCAACCCUAUAUCUUUUUGAGACCCGGUUUUUAAGUAUUUUAAUUUUUUUUUUGACAUAAUACAAGUGUCUUGGACGACAUGUUGCAGAGAAAAUAUGGUUCUGGAGAUUAACAUCAGAGAAUGAAUUGACAGGAUUUGAAGGGGGCAGGUUGUGAUUCACUUCUGAUUCACUGAGGAGGAUGCGCUGUAGCGUUGGUAAUUGCGAUCCAUUGCUGACCUGCCCAUUUUCCUUCAGAUAACUGAAGAAAAAACAAAAACAAAUCUACAAACUGCUGCACCAUUUUUAUUCCAGCUUGAAGCGUUCACCGUGUUUAAAAGCGUCAAAUCAAGUUUUUGAGCUUUACAUCUUCCUUUGUGAGAAACUGAGAAAAAAAAUGUACAAUUUAGCACUCCUAAUGGCAAACAAAUGAAUCUUUUUAUAUCCAGAAAAAUUAUGCAUCUCAGCGGCGGUGCUGAGCCAGCCUCUGCGUGAAAAUGCCCGCGGACUGGACUCGGAUGAAGGAUGAAACUCCGGAUUGGAAAAAUGUUGCUAGGAGACCUGACAUCAGUUGUUUUUUUUUUUUUCUCCCUCUCUCUCACAUUCCCCAGCCCACGUGUGUAUUCGCUCGGUAUAAAGCCAGCGGGAGCUCUCGUCCUUCAGAAGAGAUCACCGAGAGGACUCCCCUUUCAAAGAGGGGAGAAAAGAUUAGGAGGUGUCGGCUAAAGUCUCACACGUGGAUUUUUGUUAUUUUUUUCCCCGCUCCCUGUAUUCAGUUUUUUUUUUUUUUUUCUCUCCUUGAUUCCGGGAAGGUUCUGUGCGGCACGGGGCAUGCUCUGACGUUUCUGUCCGCUUAAGGAUUUUGUGAAAUUACUUAACACCUUAAUGUCUAUCUGCAAGUCGAAAGGAGCAGACCUUUGCUGAUUGCUAGCCACAUCUGCAUUUAAAACUCUUCAUUAGCGCUUUAUUAGUUUUUUUCUUUCUCCCACUGAAAUGUGGAAUGCCACUGAACUUCUCUUCAACCUGUCUGAGGUGAACGGUUCCAUGGACGGAGGUGAGGAUGGGGAGCAUCCGUUUUUGACGGACGCCUGGCUGGUGCCUCUCUUCUUCUCUCUCAUCAUGCUGGUGGGGCUAAUUGGGAACUCCCUGGUCAUCUAUGUGAUCUCCAAGCACAGGCAGAUGAGGACCGCCACCAACUUCUACAUAGCUAACCUGGCAGCCACAGACAUCAUCUUCCUGGUGUGCUGUGUCCCCUUCACUGCCACACUCUAUCCCCUGCCCAGCUGGAUCUUUGGGGACUUCAUGUGCAAAUUUGUCGCUUUUCUCCAGCAGGUCACCGUCCAGGCCACCUGCAUCACGCUGACCGCCAUGAGCGCCGACCGCUGCUACGCCACCGUCUACCCCCUCAAAUCCCUGCGCCACCGCACCCCCCGCGUCGCCAUGAUCGUCAGCAUCUGCAUCUGGAUCGGGUCCUUCAUCCUGUCCACGCCCAUCUUCAUGUAUCAGCGGAUCGAGGAGGGCUAUUGGUACGGCCCCAGGCAUUACUGCUCUGAGGAGUUCCCCUCCAAGGCCCACGAGAAGGCCUUCAUCCUCUACCAGUUCAUAGCCGUCUACCUCCUGCCCGUUCUCACCAUCUCCCUCUGCUACUCCUUCAUGCUGAAGAGGGUUGGGCAGCCCGCAGUGGUGCCCGUGGACAAUAAUUACCAGGUCCAUCUCCUCUCCGAGCGGACCAUAGGCAUACGGAGCAAGAUCUCCAAGAUGGUGGUGGUGAUCGUCCUCCUGUUUACCAUCUGCUGGGGCCCCAUCCAGCUCUUCAUCCUGUUCCAGUCCUUCUAUCCCAACUACAAGGACAACUACACCACGUACAAGAUCAAGACCUGGGCCAACUGCAUGUCCUACGCCAACUCCUCCAUCAACCCCAUAGUCUACGGCUUCAUGGGGGCCAGCUUCCGAAAGUCCUUCAAGAAGGCCUUCCCCUUCCUGUUCAAGCAGAAGGUGCGGGACAGCAGCGUGACGUCCCGCACGGCCAACGCCGAGAUGAAGUUCAUCGCCACCGACGCCACCGGCGAGCCGCAGUGAAGGACAGCCGAACAGCAGGUGGCGCUACAGUAAGCAACGCGAGGCCUCUCUGGGGUUCCGUUAGGCUGGAAACACAAAACACAGGCCAGGGCAUUGUGGUGAAUAUUGAAAGGGGUGGCUGCAUACUGCUAAUGUGGCCAAUUCUGUCAUCUAUCCUACUGCUGCCACUAGAAAAAAAUAUAUAUUACCAGGCAAAAGUAUAGGAUAGAAACUUAGAAGGAGUUGUGGGGAUGUGGCAGGCUUGUCUUACAGAAUGAGAAGGAAUCAGAUUUAUUCAUGAGAUGACUUUAAAUUUGUCUGUAAAAUACUUCAGCUUGUAAAUAUGUCUUUACUGGCCAAUGGACAGUUGAGGAGGAGAGCUUAGUUUUCUGUGUACUGUACAUGCAAAUAUGUGUGGAACAGUACUACUAAAGGAAAAGAGGGUGACCUAUUUAUUUCAGAACAUUUUUUUGUAGGUGGGGAAAAUAUUGAGUUAGAUGCGCUUGCAUAACAUUCUUAUAAUUUUAACAAAGGAUCAUUGUCACUGUACAGGAAGCAAAGAUAACAGCAAAGAUAAGCAGGCAUAUUCACAUAUUUUUACGAAUGUGGGGCAAUAAAGAAAUGCUACUUUCCCAUGCACUCUUAGUAAUGGGGUUUUGAUGCCCUCAAUAAAAAGAAAAGAAAAGAACACACACUUCAAGUGCUCUUUUCCUUUCCCUACACCACAUUCAGUACUGGAAAUCUGAGAUACCUUUUUUCAUAAAAAUGUCUAAAAAUGGUCUUUUAUUUUAUUUAAUUUCAUAUGAAACUGUUUUCUUACUAUUAGCAUUCCAGCUAAUUGAAAGAUCUUUUUUUGUCUAAAAAUGGUCUUUUAUUUAAUUUAAUUUCAUGUGAAACUGUUAAAUUACAGCGAAUAGAAAGCAAACUACAAAUAAGCCAUGUUCAAAUGAAAAUUUGCGUUCACAGCAAAUGUGUAAGAAAUAAUAAGACAACAUGGCACUGGGUUUGUUUUCAUUGUAGAUUCAUUCAUCAAGGCUUGGCAACGUUCUCCUGGAUAUUUACAUGAAAUACAUAGUUAAUAUCAGCGAGGCAAAGAAAAAACAAAACAGGGCAACAGUCGGUAUGGAUUAGUAUCGUUUAUCAUUCCAAAUGGUGACAGGCGUGUCAAGAUACGCGCCUGGGCGUGAUAAAUGGAGAGCUGGAACAGAAACAAAAGCCAAAUAAACCGCCGUUUAUCUGGAAGCCGGGCAAAUUGAGGAUUCCAGAAUUGGAUUCCCCGGCCCGUUGGUCUGGCGCUCCGUAGGCAUUUAAUGCGCGGGAGCUUGCUCAAGAAAGGAGUCUGCCUGACGAGGCGUGGAGGGUGUUGGUUCCGUGCCGACUUCAACACCUCCCUGUGUACACAGGCUGCAGGUUUUUGGCCGUCGCCCCCCUAUCUAUCACUCUUUCGAUGGAAAUUUUUUUUUUUUUAAUCUCUGCUUACAAGCUUUAUCUUGGGUGACUCAGACCGUCAUUUCCUGUCCCGUUCGCCCGUUUGAUCGUUCUAAAAAACGUAAAGCGCGGACUCCUGUACUCAUAUUCGAUAUUCCCUUUCUUAUCUGUUUCUUUUUUUUAUUUUUUUAUUUGUGUGGAACAUGCAUUAAAGUGUUCUGGCGUGUAUGUUAACACUAAAGUCCCCAUUUGCUAUCACAGCGAGGCCGUUUGUAUUUGAAUUUGCAUGGCACCCGCUGCACCCCUCUCCUACGGCUGUUAGGAGAUUCCCUUUUCUGCCAAGGCCGGUUAUGGGUUCGUAAACCUGGGGAAAUGAGUCACGUUUUUAAAGCAGGAGUUUUAUGUAAAUGCACAAAAAUGCCCCCUUACCACAAAAAAAAGAAAAAAAAAGAAAAAAAGCUUUCUGUACAAACCGGGGGAACUAACGUACGACUUGAUUAAAAUCUCAAUGCUGUAUUCAUUUAAACAUGGACAGAAAUAACCAUUCAGUAAUGGCGUCUUUCAAAGAUUAUAAACGAUACAAUAUUGGUUUUUGAAAGUGAUGGCCCUACGGCUAUUUUUAAAAAAUUUUUAAUGGCCAUUUCAAUUCAAACACGUUGCCUUGGCUUUUUCAGUUCCAUCCCAAGGGGAACAUCAUGUUCUCAGGAGCCUGCAGAGCAGAGAUAUGCAAAUGCUGCGUUGCGAGGGCCAAUGAUUUGGAACAAUCCAGAAGCUCAAUUUAUUGCCAUGACAUGAAACAUUAGUUGAAUAUAAUUAGUUCCCUUGGGAAACUAGGAGACGUUAAAGAAAAUGCCUACGUCUGCACGGUAACUACUACCAGGUUUACCUGAAGACUGCACGGGCUCGAAAGCUCCCACAAUCCGCGGAUGGUUAGACCACCUUUAUGUGGCCCCCAAUCUGUUGCCUGAAACAAGACAUUUGUUUCAGCGAGACGCCGUCUGUCUCGAAUGUGCCAAUGUCGUUUGUGUCCGUGUGCGAGACGCAAUCGACAAACUGUCCCGCGUGUGUAUAAACAGCAUCAAUCUCGCUCUGUUUUCUGCUCUUAAAUAAUGGCGAUAAAGUUGUGUUUUCACCAGCUGCGUAGACAGGUCAAUCCGUAACUUAGGCUUCAAUGGUAUAUACAGUCAUACGUCUUUGUUCAUUUGUAACUUUUGACACAUUUCAUAAACAUCCAAUUAAAUGUUAGUUCUGUUAGAAGGUAAUAGUGCUGUAUCUUCAAUCACGGUUUUUUAUUUAUUUAUAGCAUUUGGAGUGGAGUUGAUUGCAAAAGAUUGAUUAAAGAACUAGACCGAUGUGAUGCUUUCAAACAACCGCCCAAAACCUUCUACCAUUUCCACAUUUGUGUCUCAACAUCGUCUCAGAAGUCCAAAAGGCAAUGCCACACUUGUGUCAAAUGUUAGAUUCACGUGUUACAUGGAGACACUGUAGCCUGUUGUUGCUGUCGUUCUUCAUGUUUUUGUCUGUGCUCUCUCUCAGGUUUAUGAAUAAAUGUACAAAUGUGAAAAGA